GCUCCAGCCGCUCGCGCCUCCGCCCGCCCGGUGCCCCUCGCCUUGCACCCAGUCCCGCCAGCCCCGGGACCCGCCCUGCCCGACCCGCUCGGCCACCCGGGAAGAUGCGGCUGCUCCCAGAAUGGCUCCUCUUGCUCUUUGGUCCUUGGCUCCUUAGGAAGGCAGUCAGUGGCCAAAUCUCUGAGUCCGGAAGGCCGCAGUACCUGGAACUGCGCCCCGCCAUGGCCGGAGGGGGCGCCCGCGGCCAGCAGCUCCCGGCACCCGGGUCUUCCGAGGGUCUGGGCGCAACCCGCUCCUGGAGCUGGGCCUGGCCCGCUAACCACACCCGGGCGCUGGCGAAGCCCGGGGCUGUCGGCGGCCUGCCCGCGCCGCGCACUAAGAGGAAGCCAUCCAUUAAAGCGGCCCGCGCCAAGAAGAUUUUCGGCUGGGGGGACUUUUACUUUCGUGUGCAUACCCUCAAGUUCUCUCUGCUGGUGACCGGCAAGAUCGUGGACCAUGUGAACGGCACUUUCAGUGUGUACUUCCGUCACAAUUCGUCCAGCCUGGGUAACCUAAGCGUCAGUAUCGUGCCGCCCUCCAAGCGCGUGGAGUUCGGGGGCGUCUGGCUGCCUGGGCCUGCCCCUCAUCCUCUGCAGUCUACGCUGUCACUAGAGGGGGUACUCCCUGGACUGGGGCCCCCUCUGGGAAUGGCGGGGCAAGGGCUGGGGGGCAACCUUGGGGGCGCACUUGCCGGCCCUCUCGGAGGCGCGCUGGGAGUGCCCGGGGCCAAAGAGUCGCGCGCUUUUAAUUGCCACGUGGAAUACGAGAAGACAAACCGCGCUCGCAAGCACCGCCCGUGCCUGUACGACCCGUCGCAGGUGUGCUUUACUGAGCACACCCAGAGCCAGGCCGCCUGGCUCUGCGCCAAGCCUUUUAAGGUCAUCUGUAUCUUCGUCUCCUUCCUCAGUUUUGACUACAAACUGGUGCAGAAGGUGUGCCCAGACUAUAACUUCCAGAGUGAGCACCCCUACUUUGGAUAACGCCCCUGUCCUGCCCCUCGAGCUUCCCACCAGAUCGCAGCCUCGCUAGGUGGGACCGCCCCUUCCUGUACCCCAUGCUCCUGUGACUGCCCCCACUUCUUCCACUACGGGUAGGGUGGAGGAAAACAGCCUUGCCCAGGACUAUCAGCCAGCGUGGUUCUCCAUUUCCUUGUGGCCCCGAGCGUCCCUGAGGCUGAGGUAGUCUCCUCCAGCGGUAAUUGGAGGGGCAAGAGCGCAGCCUCAGAGUAGGCGGGGCUUGGAGGUUUUCUUAGGGUUCCCUACGAAUACACAUUGGUUCUCCUUUUGCCCACCCCGCAGUUUUAAUGAUUCCUGGCCUGGUACUUUCUUUCCCCAAACGGAGGUCCUAACCCCCCCCUCCCCAAGACCUAAGUGUCUAAAAGCCCUAGGCCACCUAGCCCCCUUCCUUUCUCGCGCCCCACGUCAGCCCCUUCCUUUUCUCCCAAUCUAGCAGAAGCAACAGUCCUGAUCCCGGGCUCGGCCUGGCC